CUGCCCGCAAUCGGAAGCCAGAGUCUCGGUUUCAUCUGUAUUUAACAAUAGAUGGAGCGCAGAGGGGCUCUGACAUUUUGGCUGAUUGCCACCUUAACCUUUCCCUGAUCAGGUUACCUUCACGCUCGCCACUCAGUUCACCGGCAGUAGCCUGUGUCAUAUUUUUUUUCUUCUUCUACUGAGAGGCCCUUUAAUUACAUUUGUGCUCAUUUGGUAAGAUUAAAUCUGUUCUGUAGGAAAACUGUCUUUCUGCAGGAAGUGUUCAGGGUUGCAGCUCUGUGGAGAUGUCCGAUCACCUCUCCACAUGGAAACUACAUUUCUCCUCUCGCUCUUUGAUACUUCGCGUUAAACCCGUGGCUGGGGAUGAUCCUUGAGUAGCCGAUAAAAUAAUCAGGCGUCGCGGUGUCAGCACAGGCUUGAGCUUCAGGGGAUUUGUGUAGAUUAACGCCGGACUGCUAUUUUGUUCCCUCGGUCACACUCUUAACUGAACUUAGCGGCUUUUGAUCUGCAGCCUUUUUCCUGCUGCCUGCACCCCCCACCUCCAUCCAGCCGCCUGGAAACUCCAGCAGGAGAAGCCUGCUUUUUUUUAUUUUUUACAAGCCGCGCUAUUCAUAGGGAAAAGGCAGAAACCGGGUUUCAUUCAUAAGUGAUGACUGCCACAGAGGUGUUUGGACCCAGAUCUGAGGAUACGACGAGUUUGGCGUCGCUGUCACCUCGCGGAUCCGCGGGAACGAGACGCGCUUCAAGGCUGUAGUCCCCCCCCCCAAACAAAAUCCUCUGUUUACACGCAGGCUGCCUGGGAUGCCGUCGCUGUGACCGGGAGGAGGUAACCCGUGGUCAGUUACAGCCAGCAAACUAAAACACAUCAGCAGCGCCCAGAAGCGACCCCCGCUUCGUGUGUGUGUGUGUGUGUGUGUUUUUUUUUCCGGACCCGUUUUGACUAUCUACCGGGGCGGCUACCGGAGGAUGUUUGAGCCAGGAUGCUGCGCUUCCCCGUGAAGAAGAUCCGGAAGCAGUUCAAGCUCCUGCUUCUGCUGGUACUGCUCACCUCCGCCGUGUGGUUCACCUACCUGCACAUCAACCAGGGCAAGACCAUCAAACUCCACUUCAACUACGGAAAAGAUGGAGAGAGACAGACGGAGGGGACGGACGCCAGCCGUAAGAGGGACACUCGCUCCUCAGCCGGCCACCACAAGAGUGAGGACACCAGCGACAGCAGGGAGGACGAGGCGGCAGAUGACGAGCCAAUCACAGGAGGGGCCGAUGGCAGAGACCACACCCACAUUCGGAAGUUCCUCAGCCAACACCACAAGAAAUUGCCAUGGAAACUAGAGUAUAAGGGUCAGGCCAACCUUCAUGUGUUUGAGGACUGGUGUGGCUCCUCCAUAGCCCAACUCAGAAAGAACCUGCACUUCCCUCUCUACCCUCAUACGAGAAUCACAGUGAAGAAGCUGGCAGUGGCUCCGAAGUGGAAGAACUAUGGCCUGAGAAUAUUUGGCUUCCUUCACCCUUACAGAGAUGGUGAUUUCCAGUUCUCUGUAUCAUCUGAUGAUAACUCUGAGCUCUGGCUGAGUCCUGAUGAAAGCCCUCUCAACGCCAGACUGCUGGUCUAUGUAGGACAGCUGGGUACAGAGUGGACCGCUCCAGGCGAGUUCAGCAAGUUCAGGUCCCAGUCCUCCAAGUCUGUGCACCUGAUCUCAUCCAGACGAUACUACUUUGAGAUCCUCCACAAGCAGGAUGACAAGGGCUCGGAUCAUGUGGAGGUUGGGUGGCGUCCAUUCCUCCCUGGUCUGAAAUAUGAAGUGAUAGACUCGGCCUACAUCUCCCUCUACACAGAUGAGUCCAGUCUGAAGAUGAACAGCGUGGACCACAUCCCCCAGACCUUGGCCAGUCACAUCCGUCUCCCGGAGGAGUCUCAGCCCCAGGGUGUGGAGGGAGGCGGCAUCACGCAGCACGGAGCGGAUAUGCUGAAGCCGGACCCCAGGGACACCUUCUACAGCACUCCAAUGAUCGACCCCUCCCGCCUGGAGAACAUUCUGCCGGCCUGUCUCUACUCCCCGACCUACGUGGUCAAAGAUUUCCCCAUCGCCAGAUACCAGGGCCUUCAGUUUGUUUAUCUGUCCUUCGUCUACCCCAAUGACUUCACACGUCUCACCCACAUGGAGCGAGAGAACAAAUGUUUUUACAGAGAGUCUCCUAUCUACUUGGAGAAGUUUGGUUUCUACAAAUAUAUGAAGAUGGAUGAGGAGGAAGAUGACAGACCGUUCUUCUUCCCCAAUCCAGAUGAUUUCCUAGAGGAAGAGGAGGUGGUAGAGGCAGAGGACGAGGCAGAGAUUGUUGGCACACAGUCGCCCAAGAAGCCCUCUCAUCCCAGCCAGACCAGCCACACCUCCAACCCCUCCCAUCAGCACUCAAAGCCUGGGCCCACACCAGCUGGCAGAGAAGGGGAGGAAGAGGAGGAGGACCCUGAUGAAGAGGAGGAGGGAGCAGUCAACAGUAUCAUACGCCGCAGAGAGAGGAGACACUUUCCUCACAGAGAUGGACAGAUGGAGAGGGAUCUAGACAGAGACUGGGGACGAGAUCAUACAAAGGGAGACAUGAGACAGGACUCCAGAAAGGGACUUGCCGAGCCCCAGCAAAGGGUGCUUGAGCCCGAUACUGACAGUGUGGUCCGGGGCCGUUCACUGUCCUGGAUCCACACCGGUCCUGUAGAGCAGGGCCCUGGCAGGAAAGGAGGAGGAACAGGUGGAGGAGGAGGAGAGACUCCGCCUAAACUGAGCAAGUCUUCACUUCUUUUCCCCCAAAAGUCCUCCCUGUCUGCCCUCGCCAGCCGCGCCAAGCAGAUCCUCAGCAACUCCGCCCACAGCAACAACCCUUACGACAGCAACAACAACAACAAGCUGGCUGGGAAGAAGAAGGAGGAGAACAAGAUCUACAUCACCAGGCCUCGACCCGCCAAGGAGAGGGAGAGGGAGAGGGAGCAGCGUCGAGAGAGGAGGGAGGAGAGGGCGUCUCGCCACCCGAGAGAGGUGUUCCCAGGAGUGUUUUUGUACCAAAAUGGGAAGACCACAAGGCUGGUCAACCUGGGUGCCAAAGGACAUGCAGGGGGAGGGGUGACAGGAGGUAGGAACCUUGUUAGUGCCCCUCAGCUCUGGCCCAACCCCCCCACAAAAGAGGGUAAGAUGUCACCUCACAACGGGAGCAUCAACGUACAGAGCGAAAAUGUUCAGAAGUCUGUCGGGAGAGCAGCAGUGGCAAAACAACCAGAGAAAAGCAAGAGAAAAGGGGAGCACUGGGAUUUAAAGACAACUGUCACAGCUGAUCUACUCAGCAAAGAGGGUCCACUAACCCCACUGUCCCAUCACCAAGAUCCCCCUCUCCCCCCAGUCACCCUGCCAAGGUUAAACUCUACAGAAAACAUGAUCCAAGGCCAGUCGAAGGUCACCUCUUACCUCAGGAUCUCAGAGAUCACAGAGUCCCAGCAGCAGCCAGACCCAGACCCCAACCCGGCAGAAUUCGACCAGGAUGUCAACCGCUCUAAUCCUGACCCUGACCCUGAGCCAGAACCGGAGGAGGGCGAGAUGUCGGACUACAGCUACGAGGAGGUGGAGGCUCGGCCGGGCUGGGCGGAGGAGAGCAUCAACUGGCAGAGAACCUUCUCUGUCAACUCAAUGGACUUUGAGCUCCUGCGCUCCGACUGGAACGACCUGCGCUGCAACGUGUCUGGCAACCUCCAGCUGGCGGAGAGCGAGGUGGUGGACGUGCUGGCUCAGUACAUGGAGAAACUAAACGAGCGCAACGGAGGGAUCUACACCCUGCUGCGAAUCAUCAACGUGGAGAAGCGGCGUGACUCGGCGAGGGGGAACCGCUACCUGGUAGAGCUGGAGUUGAUGGAGAGGGGCCGCAGCGUGGUGCGUCUGUCGGAAUAUAUUUACCUGUUGCUCCACCGCGGCAGACAAGGGGAGGAGAGCCUGGAGAACACUGACUCUGCCCCGGCCUCUGCGCCGGCAUCGGCCCCCUCCCCCGCCGUGUCCAGCCUCGCCACCCCGCCGCCCCCUCCCUCCACAAAGACGCCCGCCCGGCCCGGAGCGACGCCGUGGAGCACCGCCUAUGCCAAGCCCCUGCUCUGCCAGCCGGUCAUGCUGCAGUGGAGGAGAGAUGUCAUGGUGCACUUUGUGGUGCCAGUGAAAAACCAAGCUCGGUGGGUACAGCAGUUCAUCUCUGACAUGGAGAAUCUUCACCGCCAGACCAAGGAUGACAAUUUCAGCAUCAUCAUUGUCGACUUUGAGAGUGAAGACAUGGAUGUGGAGCAGGCACUUAGAGAAAGCAGUGUGCCAAGAUACGAGUAUCUAAGGAGAGAGGGGAACUUUGAGCGCUCAGCAGGACUGCAGAUCGGAGUGGACACUAUCGAGGAUAGUCACAGCAUCGUGUUCCUGUGUGAUCUGCACAUCCACUUCCCGCUCAACAUCUUGGAAAGUAUCAGGAAGCACUGUGUCGAGGGACGCCUCGCUUUUGCUCCCAUUGUCAUGAGACUCAGCUGCGGCAGUUCACCACAGGAGCCUGAUGGUUACUGGGAGGUAAAUGGCUUUGGUCUGUUCGGAAUCUACAAGUCAGAUUUUGAUAAGAUUGGAGGGAUGAACACAGAGGAAUUCAAAGACAGAUGGGGUGGAGAGGACUGGGAGCUGCUGGACAGGGUGCUGCAGAAUGGUUUGGAGGUUGAGAGACUACGCUUGAGGAACUUCUUUCACUACUACCACUCCAAACGGGGCAUGUGGAACGCUCAAAACAAGAAAACUCCCAAGGGAUAGCACUCCCUGCUGGUUGGAGGAUCCUAAAAAAAACCCUACCUGCAGAUCCACUGUGUGUGAGAGAGAGACCUAUGGUAGCUCGCUCACUGCCUGAACUCUGCCAUUUUUGAAACCGGGCGUCUUUCAGGGAUGCCUCUGUUUCGCCAGUCGGCCCCUCUUGUACGCUUGUCUGUGUGAGGAAACGGAGUCCAAAUCUGAACUUUGAAAGCGAGUUGUUUAUGCAGACAGACCUGAGUCAUCACCUUGGCUCACUGACUGAACUACUGUACAGAGAGAAGAGAGUUAUUUUUGUUCUCCUUCUCUCUGCCCCUUUUUUUGGUGCAAUGUUUUCAGACAGACUGGAAAGCAGCUGUUUUGUUUGUGCGUGUGUGUGUUUGUGUGGGUGGGUGUGUGUGCAUGUGUGCGCGUAUGUGUGUAUAUAUAGGUGCGUGUGGGUGUGUUGCCGCUUGUGUGUGCUUAUGAUGACAGGAAGCACCUUUUUCUAACAAGGAGAUGUGAAGACAACCUAAGAUCUUUUUUUCUAACACGCUCUCACAUGGGAGCCUUAUAGAAUGUGUGUCAACAUGUGAUUCAGAUAGAUUCAGACAUGGUGGCGCAGAUUGAGUUAGAGGAACUGUGGGUUUGGUAAACAGUACAUCAACUACUACCUGUUGAAUAUCAUUAACAUCAGUAUGACCGAGGUGCUGACGUUUUAUCCCCAUACCCUGAUAUUAUGAAACAAAGAAAGUUUUCCAAUCAGAAAAGCCCCUUUCCAAACAGAUACUGACAGAUGCAUCACCUUUAUGUCUCUUCCUGCCCCUCUCUCUCCUUCUGUAUCUCGUUAACCUUCAACUCAUUUUCAGUGUCAUGCUAAUCUGUGUAUUUGUAUCUGUUGAAACAUUAUAUAUAGCCCUGCUGCUCUUUCAUGAUAUCAGUUUAUGUACUAUACCCAGAUUAAUGCUAGCUAUUGGUUAUGACUUGAUUAAUUUAGUUUCAUUAACUGAAAUUUAUUCUGCUGUUAGUUAUUUAAAAGGGGUUUUUGUUUAUAUGGAUUUGCUAACAUUCGGGGUGCUAUUUUCUGUUCUAAAACACUGAAUCUGUGGACGGUUUACACUUUUAAACUCUACUGACUCUACUGGUUAUCCUUCCUUCCCCCCAGAUCUCUAACCUCACUGUCAACUGGAACAUAAAACUGUAACAGGAGGCGGAGCUGAGGACUACAGCAGCUUUCUGACAUUUGUUUUUAAGUUGUCACACCGUUGUUUUAAACAUUUUCCAAGCUGAGCGUUGCAUUUCAAAUAUUGGAUUUGGGGGAUUAAAACUCGAUCUCUCAUAUUAAAAAAACACCAAGACAGAGAAUGCUUAGCUGUUGAAAAUGUCAACACUCUUCUUUUAAGCUUGUACAAAGCUCCAGCUGAAGGGAGACCAGUUCAUGUGUCGGACACGAUGUGGCAAAGCAUGGCUGUUUCACAAAUGUGUGCCUUUAUCAGGGGUUUGGCUGCAGGCAGUUUUUAAACUACUCUACUAAUGACAGAAGAGGGCAGGGACAGACAGAAAUACAUUAUUUAUCAGCAGGCUGUGUCACUGUAAAUUCAGAUACACUGUAAAGGAAGGAAAUAUGGUUCUUUUAAAUGGAAUACAGAUGUGUCAGUCUGUUUGUUGUAUUACCUUAGAAGCAAGAAAGAGUGGUCUUUGUAAGCCAGUCGCCCCCAUUGGUGAGAAAGACAGAGAUCGUACAAAUGGGUACUGAGAGGGAACAGGAGGUGAGAUCGAGACUCACUGGCAGCUGCUGUCCAGCAGGACCCCACCUGCUCCCAUUAGUUUGGCUGGAGGCCGGGCUCUUAAUGCCUUUGUUUAUGCAACAUGGUACUUAAAUUGAUGGGGAGCGACUGGAGGGCUCAAGGCUGGAUAUACAUGGAUGAGAGCUAAUGAUCUGUUAUUGACUAUAUGAUUGUCAAAAAGAAAAAAAAAAAAAAAGAAAAAAAAAAACGCCCUCCAAGACCCUUUCUUUGCCUCUACAGGAAAAAGGUCUAUACUGUAUUCAUUUAACAUUGACAUGGGAUUAUUUAAAGAACAAAAGAAACACAUUAAAUAUAAGACUAUAUAUAUAAGAAACAUAAAAAUGAAAAAUAGGAAUAUACAUUCCAAGGUAAUUUCUGUGAAAUUGUUUUGUAGAGAAAAGGUUUUAAGAAUGUAUUGUACUUUUAUUUUGAUUUGUUGGUUUUUUGCAAAUAAAAUUUUAUGCUUACGUCCA